AUGGAGAUGCAGCAGUUGCCCCGCCAGCAGCAACAACAGCAGCAGCAGCAGGGGCAGCAGUCGCAUUUCGGGGCAUCAGAGGAUGAGGAUCUAGAGCAGAAACAGCAACAACCACAUAACCAAUCACAGAAAACACAGCACCAACAACAGCAGCAGCAACAACAACAGGAAGAACAUCUCAAGGAUGCGGAAAUGAUGACCGAUAAGCCGAGCGAGAAGCAACAACAGCAGCAAGAACAUUACCAACAAAAGCAAUCCGAAGAUUUGGAUAUGGAACUUACCGACGAUCAGGGUGUAGACGAUGGGGAGAAUGAACAUGACGACGACGACGAAGACGACGAGGACGAGGACGACGAUGGCACCAUCGUGGAGGACAGCGAUGCCACCAGCUGCAGCAGUUGUCGCCGCGCCGAACUGGAGGAUAUUCAGCAGGAACAGCAAACGUCUUCUUCUCCCCAAAAAGAGCGGGAAGGUGUCACCUAGAUGCAUCAACGGGGAAUACCGAUUUGUUGGUGGUAUAGCUUAUUGCUGAGUAACUUAAAAUGAUAAAGCGAAACAAUGUUCAAUAAGAAAGCGCUACUAGUACACACAAUAUACACAACAAGAAACUGAGGAACUUGUUUACAAGCAUGAACCAACGCUGUUUAGUUUUGAAAUCACCAUUUCCCAUCCCAAGCUUCGGCAUGUAUAAAUUGAUAAUAUAGUUUAGAAUUAGCAAUUGGUUACCAUUUGGAUUGCAUUCGCGCCCCAUGAUUCGAACUUCUGUUGGGAUACUUAUAUUUUUUCUUUGGCAAAUGUAUUAUGUGCUGGCGCUUUGUUUGGCCUUAUAAUUUACUUAUGAAACCUGCAAAUGCGUAAUUAAAUAAUUGUUAACUAGAAAUGAACCAAAAA